UAUAUUCUUCUUUUUUAUUUUUUUAUUUUUUAUUUUUUUCAAUAUGACUACUUUAUACGACUUUACUGUUAAAAAUAUUCAAAACCAAGACUGGGCACUUUCUAGUCUUAAAGGAAAGGUUGUCCUUUUUGUAAACGUAGCCUCUAAAUGCGGAUUUACUAAACAAUAUGCUGGUUUAGAAGAACUUUACAAGAAAUAUGAACCUCAGGGCUUUGUUAUUGUUGGUGCCCCCUGUAAUCAAUUUGGCGGUCAAGAACCUGGUUCAGAAGAAGAAAUUCGUGACUUUUGUUCUAAUACUUGGAGUGUCACUUUUCCUCUUACUGCUAAACUUGAAGUAAAUGGUAAUAAUGAAGCUCCUGUUUAUAAGUGGAUGAAGGAGUCUCAACCUGGUAUUCUUGGCUUAAAGCGUGUUAAAUGGAAUUUUGAGAAAUUCUUAAUUGACCGUGAAGGAAAAGUCGUUAAACGUUUUGCUUCUACUACUGAACCCAAGUCAAUUGCUGCCGAAAUUGAAAAACUUUUGUAAUGGAAAUCUUAUCUUUUUAUAAUAAUUAAACAAAGCUUGUCGCAAUAAUAAGUAAUGAAGACAAAUAAAAUAAAAUAAAAUACCUUGACUAUUUUUAAAUUUA